AUGUCUGACCGGGUAACUACCAUCUUCGGCGCCACAGGGAAGCUGCUGCACUCCCUGCAGGUGUUGCUCAUUGGCGCACCGGCGUUUAUCGUCUUUGGUUACAACCAGGCCGGCCUGGGUCCUCUCGCCACUCUCGACAGCUGGGUAUCAACAUUCCCCGAUAUCGACACCGUCCACACCACUGGUGCCGUGAAGAGCAACAACUCGACCAAGAAGGGUGCCGUUAUUGCUGCCUUCCAGAUUGGUGCUCUUAUCGGUGCCCUCUCCACCACGUUCUUCUCGGAUCGGUUUGGUCGCCGAAAGACCAUUUUCAUCGGUGCCAUCUUGACGAUCAUCGGCCAGGUUCUGCAGGUGGCCUCGUACGGUAUUCCUCAAUUUGUUGUCGGCCGUGUCAUCCUUGGUCUGGGAACCGGCCAGUUCAGUGUUGCUGUACCGGUCUGGCAGAGUGAGUCGUCUGCGGCCAAAAACCGCGGUCAGCAUGUCAUCCUCGAUGGAAUGUUCAUGUGUCUCGGUUAUGCCCUUUGCAAUUGGAUUGACUUCGGUCUGAGCCGUAUCGAUGAAAGCACGACACAAUGGCGCGUGCCGUUGGCAAUCGCGCUCCUUCCCUCACUCAUGAUCUUGCUCUCCGUUUUCAUGUUCCCCGAGUCCCCUCGAUGGCUUGUCCAGGUCAACCGCAUUGAACAAGCGGAACGGAGUCUUGCUACCUUGAAAGGUGACGAGGCCACAGAACAAGAAGUCCGGGCAGAGAUUGCUGGCAUCCAAACCAGUCUCGAACUGACUUCCCACGCCAAGGGCUCGCUCAUGGAGAUGUUCGACAAAAACGACGAGGAUAAGCUGCUCUAUCGGUUCGCCCUAUGCAUGAUGCUUCAGUUCUUCCAGCAAAUGUGCGGAGGAAACCUGAUCUCCGUGUACGCCUCGACCAUUUUCCAAGAGAACCUCGGCAUGAGUGAGAGUCUUGCCAAGAUUCUGGCCUCGUGCGCCCUGACCUGGAAGUUCCUUUGCUGUUUCAUCUCCUUCUAUGCUAUCGAUCGUCUCGGCCGUCGCAUCUGUUUCAUUGUUAGCGGCACUGGAAUGGCUUGCUGCAUGAUGGCCAUGGCAAUUACCAACAGUAUGGGGUCCGACAACAAGGGCGCCUCCAUCGCGUCCGCGGUCUUCAUUUUCCUCUUCAACCUGUUCUAUCCCAUCGGUUUUCUCGGGGGUAACUUUCUAUAUACAACUGAAGUGGCACCUGCGCGUCUUCGUGUUGCGAUGUCUGCUUUCUCGACGGCGAACCACUGGCUGUGGAACUUCGUGGUGGUGAUGGUGACUCCGGUGGCCCUCGACACGAUCGGGUACAAGUACUACGUCAUGUACACCGUUCUUUCCGCGUGCAUUCCGAUUGGCGUGUACUUCUUCUACCCAGAGACCAUGAACCGGAACCUGGAGCUGAUCAACCAGGUCUUUCGCGACGCAUCGUCGCCUUGGGAGAUCGUUUCGAUGGCCAGGCAGCUGCCGCAGGGAGAGGUCGCUGAGGCGCAGCUCGCCGCUGUUCACAAGAAGGAUGGGACGGAGGUCGAGAUGAAGGAAGAGGCAUAG